CCUGGAGUGGGGGGUUCAUUUUAACCCUUCAGGUCAUCGCUGGAGGAGCCCUGACCAAGGUUCUCCCAUGCCAUCCUCUCUCUCCAGUCCAUCAACCACUGAGCAUUCCCAUUCUCAACCACCCUCACCCAAUCUCCAUGACAACCAGAGUACCGUCUUAAGUAAUGCCACCACACAGGCGGCACAGGACUCUGAUUCAGAGGAGGAGUACACAGUCGCUCUCUAUAGACCCGUAACACAGCCUGGCCCCGGCCACAGCUGUAAUGAGCAACCGUCCAAUCACCACCAGCAGGGCCAGUCCACACUGCAACCGGUGCCGCCUCCGCACAAGCAGCAGCCGUCGGUGACGGCGCUGAACCACAAUUCUCUGAGCAGCCGCAGGAACGUGAGCCCGGCCCCUCCGGCCGCCCUCCCCGCCGAACUGCAAACCACACCCGAGUCAGUGCCGCUGCAGGACAGCUGGGUCCUGGGCAGCAAUGUGCCGCUGGAGAGUAGGCACUUUCUGUUUAAGACAGGCACCGGUACCACUCCUCUGUUCAGCACAGCCACGCCAGGCUACACCAUGGCCACGGGGGCGGUCUACUCACCCCCCACGCGGCCCCUGCCCCGCAACACACUCUCUCGCAGCGCCUUCAAGUUCAAGAAGUCCUCCAAGUACUGCUCCUGGAGGUGCACAGCUCUCAGUGCCAUGGCCGUUUCUAUACUGCUCUCUGUACUGCUGUGCUACUGCAUUGCCAUGCAUCUCUUUGGAUUAAAUUGGCAGCUGCAAGAGACUGAGGGCUAUGCUUUUGAGAAUGGCCAAGUCAAAUCCGACGCCACGGCAUCCAAUGCAGUUACUGCCCUGUCUACUGAGAACAGAUUUUACUUUCAGGAGAAUAACUCCAUUGACACAGGUGAGGUUGAUGUGGGCCGGAGGGCAGUACAGGACGUCUCUCCAGGUACUUUCUGGCGCUCUCAACUCUUCAUUGACCAGCCGCAUUCCCUCAAGUUCAACAUCUCCGUCCAGAGAGGCGCCCUGGUGGGGGUCUACGGUCGAAAAGGCCUGCCUCCCACACACACUCAGUAUGACUUUGUAGAGUUGCUUGACGGCAGUCGUCUGAUAUCUAAAGAGAAGCGGGGACUGGUGGAGGUUGAGGGAGCAGCCAAGAAGGCUCGUUCAGUCAAUGUUCAUGAGGCAGAGUUCAUCCGGUUCCUGGACUCAGGCACCUGGCACCUCGCCUUCUACAAUGACGGCAAGAACACUGAGCAGGUCUCCUACAAUACCAUUGUCAUAGAUACCCUCACAGAGUGUCCACACAAUUGCCAUGGUAACGGAGACUGUCGCUCUGGAACAUGCCAUUGUUUCCCAGGGUUCCUUGGACCUGAUUGCUCACGAGCUGCCUGUCCAGUAUUGUGCAGUGGCAAUGGUCAGUACUCCAGGGGGCGCUGUCUUUGCUACAGUGGCUGGAAGGGGACAGAGUGUGAUGUUCCUAGCAACCAGUGCAUCGACAUUCACUGCGGCGGUCACGGGAUCUGCAUCAUGGGCACCUGCGCCUGCAAUACAGGCUAUAAAGGAGACAACUGUGAAGAAGUGGACUGCCUGGACCCCUCCUGUUCAUCUCACGGUGUUUGUAUUCACGGCGAAUGCCACUGCAAUCCAGGUUGGGGUGGUACCAGCUGCGAGAUCCUUAAGACUAUGUGCCCAGACCAGUGCUCAGGACAUGGAACCUACCAGAAGGAAAGCGGCACUUGCACCUGCGACGCCAACUGGACUGGGCCUGACUGCUCCAUCGAGGUAUGUGCGGUGGACUGCGGUUCUCGCGGUGUCUGUAUCAGUGGAAGCUGUCGCUGUGAGGAGGGCUGGACGGGUACAGUCUGUGAUUUGAAAGCCUGUCACCCGCGUUGUACUGAACACGGCACCUGCAAGGACGGCAAAUGUGAAUGCCACCAAGGCUGGACCGGGGAGCACUGCACCGUCGAGGGAUGCCCAGGUCUGUGCAACAGUAAUGGCCGCUGUACACUGGACCAGAAUGGCUGGCAUUGUGUCUGUCAACCAGGCUGGAGAGGGGCCGGCUGUGACGUUGCCAUGGAGACACUCUGUGCAGAUGGCAAGGACAAUGAAGCAGAUGGCCUGUUGGACUGUAUGGAUCCAGACUGUUGUCUGCAGAGCUCAUGUCAGACUCAACCCUUCUGCCGCGGCUCUCCUGACCCCAUUGACAUCAUCAGCCAGAACCAACCAGUCAGCCCACAGCAAACCGCUCGGUCCUUCUAUCAGCGAAUCAGCUUCCUCAUCGGCCCAGAGAGCACACAUGUCAUUAACGGAGACAACCCCUUCAACAGAAGCCUGGUGUCCAUUAUUAGAGGGCAGGUGCUAACUGCAGAUGGUACGCCCCUGAUUGGAGUCAAUGUGUCCUUUGUGCACUACCCAGACCAUGGACACACCAUCACACGGCAAGAUGGCAUGUUUGACAUUCUGACCAAUGGCGGAGCAUCACUGACACUGAGCUUUGAGCGGGCUCCGUUCCUGACACAAUUUCGUACAGUAUGGAUCCCUUGGAAUGUCUUCUAUGUGAUGGACACGCUGGUCAUGAAGAAAGAGGAGAAUGACAUCCCCAGCUGUGACCUCAGUGGCUUUAUCCGGCCCAGCCCCCUCAUCAUGGCCACGGCCCUUUCAACAUUUUUCAGAUCCUCACCUGAGAAUGGCCCCAUCAUUCCAGAAACACAGGUUCUUCAGGAGGAGACGGCGAUUCCGGGUAGUGACCUGAACCUGAUGUAUCUGAGCUCACGGGCAGCUGGCUACCGGCCAGUGCUGAAAGUGGUCAUGACCCAAGCCACCAUCCCCUUUAACCUCAUGAAGGUGCACCUGAUGGUGGCUGUGGUGGGGCGCCUCUUCCAGAAGUGGUUCCCGGCGGAACCUAACCUGUCCUACACCUUCAUCUGGGACAAAACUGAUGCAUACAACCAAAGAGUCUAUGGCCUGUCAGAGGCAGUGGUGUCUGUUGGAUUUGAGUACGAGUCUUGUUUAGAUCUGAUCCUGUGGGAAAAGAGAACAGCAAUUUUGCAAGGUUAUGAACUCGAUGCCUCAAACAUGGGUGGAUGGACUCUGGAUAAACAUCAUGUUUUGGACGUUCAGAAUGGCAUCCUGUACAAAGGCAACGGUGAGAAUGUCUUCAUCUCCCAGCAGCCUCCUGUCAUCAGCACUAUCAUGGGUAAUGGCCGCAGACGCAGUAUCUCCUGCCCCAGCUGUAAUGGCCAGGCCGAUGGCAACAAACUUCUGGCUCCAGUGGCCCUCGCCUGUGGAUCUGAUGGCAGCCUGUUCGUCGGAGACUUCAACUACAUCAGACGCAUCUUUCCCUCAGGGAACGUUACCAGUGUGAUGGAGCUGAGAAAUAAAGAUUUCAGGCAUAGCAACAAUCCUGCACAUAGAUACUACAUAGCAACAGACCCAAUGACCGGUCAGCUGUAUGUUUCGGACACCAACUCGAGGCGGAUCUUCAGACCUAAAGCCCUUACGGGAACCAAAGAGCUGCUGCAGAAUGUAGAGGUUGUGGCAGGAACAGGAGAGCAGUGUCUGCCAUUUGAUGAGGCUCGAUGUGGUGAUGGUGGCAAAGCCACUGAAGCCCUCUUGCUGGGACCCAAAGGCAUUGCAGUGGAUAAGAAUGGGUUCAUCUACUUUGUGGAUGGUACCAUGAUCAGGAAGGUAGACAGGAACGGCAUUAUCUCAACACUGCUGGGCUCUAAUGACCUCACAUCUGCUCGGCCUCUGACCUGUGAUACCAGCAUGCACAUUGGACAGGUGCGUUUAGAGUGGCCUACAGACCUGGCCAUCAACCCAAUGGACAAUUCCAUAUAUGUGCUUGACAACAAUGUGGUGCUACAGAUCACUGAGAACAGGCAGGUUCGCAUCGUGGCAGGCAGGCCGAUGCAUUGCCAGGUGCCAGGCAUCGAGUACGCAAUGGGAAAGCGUGCCAUCCAGACCACUCUAGAAGGUGCGACAGCUAUUGCACUCUCCUACAGUGGUUUGCUCUAUAUUGCUGAGACGGAUGAAAAGAAGAUCAACCGUAUCAGACAAGUUAGCACCGAGGGCGAGAUUUCUCACCUGGCAGGAGCGCCCUCUGACUGCGAUUGUAAGAACGAUGCUAACUGUGAUUGUUACCAGACAGGUGAUGGGUAUGCCAAAGACGCACGGCUAAAUGCACCUUCUUCCCUGGUGGUAUCUCCUGACGGAACGCUUUACGUUGCUGACUUGGGAAACAUUCGGAUCCGUGCCAUACGUCGCAAUCGACCUCCACAAGUUUCUUCGGGUCUUUAUGAAGUUGCUUCACCUGCAACACAAGAACUCUACGUGUUUGAUGCCAAUGGAACGCAUCAGUAUACAAUGAGCUUGGUCACUGGUGACUAUAAGUACAACUUUAGCUAUAGUAAUGAGGAUGAUGUCACAGCUGUAACAGAUAGCAAUGGAAAUACACUCCGGGUUCGCCGUGACCCCAACCGGAUGCCAGUCCGCAUCGUUGCCCCCGACAACCAGGUCAUUUGGCUGAUGAUUGGCACAAAUGGAGGGCUUAAGACACUCACUGCACAGGGGCAGGAGCUGGUACUCUUCACCUACCAUGGUAACAGCGGCCUGCUAGCCACAAAGAGCAUCCAAAUUGGUUGGUCGACAUUUUAUGACUAUGACAGUGAGGGACGUCUGACAAACGUGACCUUCCCCACGGGGGUUAUCACCAGUCUGAUUGGAGAGAUGGACAGAGCCCUAACAGUGGACAUUGAGACCUCAGGACGAGACGAUGAUGUCAGCAUCACCACCAAUCUCUCCUCCAUUGACUCCUUUUACACAUUAGUUCAAGAUCAACUAAGAAACAGCUACCAGGUGGGCUUUGAUAACUCUAUGAGGGUUAUCUACGCCAAUGGAAUGGACUCACACUUCCAGACCGAGCCUCAUAUUCUUGCUGGUGCAUCCAACCCGACCGUAGCCAGAAGAAACAUGACCCUGCCUGGAGAGAAUGGACAGAACCUGGUGGAGUGGCGCUUUAGAAAAGAGCAAAACAGGGGGAAAGUCGCAGUGUUCGGCAGGAAACUCAGGGUCAACGGUAGAAACCUGCUCUCUGUGGACUAUGACCGAACGCUGCGGACAGAGAAAGUAUAUGAUGACCAUCGAAAGUUCCUCCUAAAGAUUGUGUAUGAUGCCUCCGGUCAUCCUACACUGUGGGUGCCCAGCAGUAAACUAAUGUCUGUCAACCUCACCUACUCCAGCACUGGCCAGGUCACAAGCAUCCAGAGAGGCCCCACAUCUGAGAGGGUAGAAUAUGACAGCCAGGGAAGAAUAGUCUCCAGAACCUUUGCCGACGGCAAAACUUGGAGUUACACUUAUCUGGACAAGUCCAUGGUUCUUCUUUUACACAGUCAGCGGCAGUACAUCUUUGAUUACGAUCUCCAGGAUCGACUCUCUGCCAUCACUAUGCCUAGCGUGGCCCGCCACACCAUGCAAACCAUCCGCUCUGUUGGUUACUAUCGCAACAUCUACAAUCCACCCGAAAGUAAUGCCUCUGUAACGGUAGACUACAGUGAGGAUGGCCAGCUCUUGCGGGUGGCGCACUUGGGCACUGGCCGGCGUGUCCUCUAUAAGUACCGCAGACAGAACAAGCUGUCUGAGAUCCUCUACGACAGCACACGGGUUAGCUUCACCUAUGAUGAGACAGCGGGUGUGCUCAAAACUGUCAACCUACAGAGUGAGGGCUUCAUUUGUUCAAUCAGAUAUCGACAAAUAGGCCCACUAGUGGACCGACAGAUAUUCCGCUUUAGUGAGGAUGGCAUGGUAAAUGCACGCUUUGACUACACCUAUGACAACAGUUUCCGAGUCACCAGCAUGCAGGGAGUUAUCAAUGAAACUCCACUUCCAAUUGACCUCUAUCAGUUUGAUGAUAUUUCCGGCAAGGUAGAGCAGUUUGGCAAAUUUGGAGUCAUUUAUUAUGACAUUAACCAGAUCAUCUCCACAGCUGUCAUGACCUAUACGAAGCACUUCGAUGUCCAUGGUCGCAUCAAGGAGAUCCAGUAUGAGAUCUUUCGCUCCCUCAUGUACUGGAUAACAAUCCAGUAUGACAACAUGGGCCGUGUCACCAAAAGGGAAAUAAAGAUCGGCCCUUUUGCCAACACCACCAAAUAUGGCUAUGAGUACGAUGUUGAUGGGCAGCUGCAGACUGUCUACCUGAAUGAGAAAAUGAUGUGGCGGUACAAUUAUGACCUGAAUGGAAACCUACACCUGUUGAACCCUGGUAACAGUGCUCGACUCACUCCCCUCCGUUAUGACCUUCGGGACCGCAUCACGCGACUGGGUGACGUGCAGUACCGCAUGGACGAAGAUGGCUUUCUGCGCCAAAGGGGUGCAGAAAUCUUUGAGUACAACUCUAAGGGCCUCCUGGUUCGGGUACACAGCAAAGCCAGUGGCUGGACCAUCCAGUACCGUUAUGAUGGGCUAGGAAGACGCCUUGCCUCUCGCAAUACUCUGGGCCAGCACCUUCAGUUCUUCUAUGCUGAUCUCAACUACCCUACACGCAUCACCCACGUGUAUAACCAUUCCAGCUCAGAGAUCACCUCGCUGUACUAUGACCUCCAAGGCCAUCUGUUUGCUAUGGAGAUCAGCAGUGGUGAAGAGUUUUACAUAGCUUGCGACAAUACAGGAACACCACUCGCUGUCUUCAGCAGCAAUGGGCUGCUCCUCAAGCAGGUACAAUAUACUGCUUAUGGAGAAAUCUACUUUGACUCCAACCCAGACUUCCAGUUGGUUAUUGGAUUCCAUGGUGGUUUGUAUGACCCUUUAACAAGACUGUUGCACUUCGGAGAGCGAGAUUAUGACAUUCAAGCCGGCCGUUGGACCACCCCAGAUAUUAGCACCUGGACCAGGGUGGGCAAGGACCCUGCUCCCUUUAACUUGUAUAUGUUCCGCAAUAACAAUCCCAUCAGCAAGGUACAUGAGGUCAAGGAGUAUGUCACAGACGUCAACAUCUGGCUGGUGACAUUUGGCUUCCACCUGCACAACGUCAUCCCAGGGUUUCCCAUCCCCAAGUUUGACCUCACCCAGCCCUCACUGGAAAUGAGGAAGAGUCAACUUUGGGAUGAUCUACCAUCCAUCUCAGGGGUCCAGCAGGAGGUUAUGCGGCAGGCCAAGGCUUUCCUAUCCUUCGAGAGGAUGCCGGAGAUCCAGUUGAGCCGAAGACGCUCUAGCCGAGAAAAACCUUGGUUGUGGUUUGCCACAGUCAAAUCCCUCAUUGGUAAAGGUGUGAUGCUUGCCAUUACCAGUAAGGGCCAGGUAGCCACCAACGCACUGAACAUCGCGAAUGAAGACUGCAUUAAAGUUGCCACCGUGCUCAACAAUGCCUUCUAUCUGGAAGAUCUACACUUCACAGUGGAAGGCCACGACACUCACUACUUCAUAAAGACCAGCCUGCCAGAGAGCGACCUGGGUGCACUGCGACUUACCAGCGGCCGCAAGAGUCUAGAGAAUGGUGUCAAUGUAACGGUUUCACAGUCCACAACUGUGGUCAACGGGCGCACACGUCGCUUUGCAGAUGUGGAGUUGCAGUAUGGAGCAUUGGCUCUGCAUGUGCGCUACGGCAUGACACUGGAUGAAGAGAAGGCACGAGUCCUGGAGCAGGCUCGCCAGAGAGCAUUGUCUAGUGCUUGGGCACGAGAGCAACAGCGUGUACGUGAUGGGGAGGAAGGGGUGCGUCUUUGGACAGAGGGGGAGAAGAGGCAGUUGCUCAGCUCUGGAAAGGUGCUGGGUUAUGAUGGCUACUAUGUACUCUCAGUGGAGCAGUACCCUGAACUGGCCGACAGUGCCAAUAAUAUCCAGUUCCUGAGGCAGAGCGAGAUUGGGAAGAGGUAACAGUCUGCACAGCACAGGCUACCCAAUGGACUUCUGCCCCUCUGCUCCCCAAGUUCCUCCUCUCAUUUUACACAGUACCAGACCUCCCAGCCCAGAGACUAAACGGAAGGGGUUUAGGAUAGAGAAAUGAGGAGCUGCGCCUAAGUGCCACACACACAGUAAUUAUACAGGAAAAACUGAGGCACUUCCUCUCAUAGACUGAACCACACCCCCGUCCUACAUGUUGGUCCACACUGUUGCAUUGAAUGGUGAAUGGGCUUUCUUGAAGAGAGCAUCCAAGAAAAAAAACUCAGUUAUGAUUUGUGUUUUUCUUCUUUUUCUGCUUUUAUAUGUAAACCUUAAAGGUGACUUGGUCAAUGAUAAAACAGAAAAAAAAGACAAAUGUGUUUACAUGCAGAAACCACUGCAACCAGAUAAACUAAUAUAAUGCCUUUUUGGUAAGGCAGUGACUGUAAUUCAGUGGUUUAUACUGUCUCGGGCGUACUCAUAAAAGGGUCCUUGCUCUCAGUUAAAUGUUUUGUCGACUAGUAAAGACUGAGGUUUCCGAAUGUGAGCUAGUUGAUGCUUUCUCUCCAUCUUUGAUUUCUUAAUGGACACAGUUGUGGUUCAUAUAAUCAAAUCUGAGUACAAUCUCAUUUCUGAAGUGGUGAACAGAGUGAAAACUGACCGAACAAAAUAUAUAAAUAUAUAUCUAUCUCAUAACUGACCGGUCUUUUGACGAGAUGUUAGAAUAUCUUUAUGGAUUUUUUAAAGUAAAAAAAAAGUUCCACUUAUCCGUACAACAACAGUACAACAACAUUAGGCGCAAAGAAAGUAAUUUAUGUACAGUGUUUUUACAUAAAAAUAAAAUAUUACAAAUAUUGAGACUUUUUUGUCUUGUCAUGCAUUACUGUUUAUACUCAUGAAUUUUAGUAUUUUAUCUUAUCAAACUUUAUGGUAAUGCUAAUUGAAAUAAAAUCAGCUGUACUGUGUCAUUGAAUCUUCAACAUUGUUUUUCUUCUCUUUCCAUCUUCUGAAACUGAUUGUUGCCAUUUUUCUUCUUUUUUUUUUUUUCUAUUUCGCUUAAUGUCUUAAUAUGUCUUAAUACAUGUUCAGUGGUUUCAUGGCUUUAAGCCUCUGUAAUCAACAUUAGGUUUAGAGUAGCUGUUUGCCAGUUGUUGGUUGAGUAAUUACUAAACCCAGUUACUGAAAACUGGGUUUAGUAAUUUACCAGAAAUAAACUAAAUUAUUUCUUUACAGUAAUGUCAUGGUAGUGGUAUUGUUCUGUCUUUUAGAGUUUCAAGCUUUAGCCUCACUUUAUAUCCAGAGAUAUUACCAUUUCUUCAAAAAGUUUCUGCUCUUUGUAAUGUUAUAGAUGAAGGACAUAUCAAACUAGCAUUAAUGUUUGCUGCCACUGGUAGCACAGAAAAAAGAAACCUCCCAAGGAGAUGUCUCUGACUGGAAUUUGUAUCCCUGCAUUUUAACCAUGGCUCUAAACUCACACUUGACAGGAAGACAAGCUCAAACUCUCUUGAAUCAAAAGGGUCAUAGACAGAGCAGCAGAGAGCAGUGUGGGCUGUUCCAGUGGGCAUAGAUAUUGCCGUAUGAUUAUGCUACGAUGCCAGAAAUAAAAACUGUGUUUUGCAAUAGGCCAAAUUUAUGUAACUGAAAUAGCUUGGUUAGAAGUUUGAAAGGAAAUAUGAGAAAUUUACAGAUAACUAAAUGUAGAAGUGAACAGUUGACUUCUAAGUUUUGAUUUUCCUUCAGAGUGAAGAACACAAACUUACAAAAAAAUGAAUGAACAGAAAGAGAAUUCCCUCAUGACCCAUGUGAAGGAAAUUGCUUUAGGAUUUAUUUUACUUUGUAAUAUUUGACAGCCAAUGUAUUCAUCUGAGAGCACCACAAACAGUGUGAUCAGUUUGUCACCCAGACAGAAAAAAAUUCUUAAUUUGUAUGCCUAGAUGGACUGCCUCCUCCUUCAGAUACUGUUUUGUAAAGGCUUUUUAAAGAUUGUAUAAAAUAAAUUGUUCAGACUAAUGAAUGAGAAAAUAUUGUUUCCAUUUCUGUUUGUUGUUUUCCUAUGACAAGUUUUUUAAUCAAUCAAGUAAUUGUAUGGCGGAGCUUAUUUUUCUAUUUGUGUGUGAAUGGAGGUCUGAAGGGGAUGUUUCAGAGCUGUGAGAUUUUCCAGAACUCUGUAUGAGAUUCUAUGUGGUAUUAUUGACUGAUCUGCGAGAGUCUAAGCUCACUGUUAGGGUGAACUUUUCCUUCUGCGAACUGUUCCUUAAAGGUAUAGUUCACCCUUGAAAAUGCUGUCAUCAUUUACUGACCCUCAUGUUGUUCCACACCUUCAUGACUUUAUAUCUUCUUUGGAGCACAAAAGAAGAUGUUAGGCAGAAUGUUAGCCUCAGUCACCAUUUACUUUCAUUGCAUCAUUUUUCCAUAAAAUAAAAGUGAAUGAUGCCUGAGGCUCACAUACUGCCAAACAUCUUUUGUGUUCCGAGAAAAACGAAUGAGUAUAUGACAACAGAAUUUUCAUUUUUGGGUGAACUAGCCCUUAAAUAUGAAAUCUUAGAAUAAGAUGAUCACUUAAUUCUAAACACUAUUAAUAACAUGAAUGAGAACUGUAACCACUGCAAUAUUAACAACAAAUUGUUUGCCCUAAAAGGUCUACAUAGAUUCUCCCAGUCACUUUGCGAUACAGUGGUGUUGUUUGUUGAAGGAGUGGCCUCUCUACUCAGGAGCCCUUCAGUCAGUUUACAACGAAACUAAGUCCAAAUAAAAUUAAUUGUUAGCAAUUUCAAUUUUCAACAUUUGUUUCAGUCAACAUAGUUGAAAUAUUCUCAUUAAAAUCCAGAACUAGCUCUUCAAAAGCAGAUUUUGGGGAUACAUAACUGUAGCAGAAUAGCAGUGAAUAUAUUCUAAGUGUUUGUGUGAGCGGAAGUGAGAACAGAAAAUGCCUGAUAUGCUUGCCAUUGAUUGCAUGCAUAUACAGUGUAAACCCAAUAAAUCAACAGAAAAUCACACUUUUUUUUUCUUACAGCUUUUUAGUGCCAAUAUGUAUGUGGUCUUUUGGUAUUUCUUUGCACUUUGAUGUACAUGUUUAAGAUGAUGCCUAUACAUUAUACAAUAUUGCAGAUGUCAUGUCUCUGGUCCAAUCUGAGGGAGAUUGUAAAAACUGGUUAUUUUUCCUAAAGGAAAGAUACCUGUACAGAAAAUCACAAGUAUUUAAUUUAAACGUUUCUAAUAAAUGGCAUUGUUUUCACAAGGUUCACAGAUACUUAACAUUAACGGCGUUUCAUAUCUGAAUUGAUAUGGGAUUUGGUUAGCCUAACGUGUGCAUUGUGGGACUGAAUUUGUCUUCAGUUUGAGUACUGAAAAUAUGAAAAUGCUGUGUGUAAUUAGCUACCGCAACAAGUCAGCGGUUGUUUUUUUCUUUUUCUUUUUUUAUUAAUUUACAAUUGUUUUUGGACAGCCACUACAAUUUCUGUAUUUUGAAUUAUCUGCGUUUUACAUACUUGUUCCGAACGAGUACUACAAACUGAAGUGAUUUUACCUGUAAAUUCGAUAACUUAUCUUGCAGUCUCUCAUUUGUAAUAAGGAUUUAGAGGAUGUUGUAAUGAUGUUUUUACUUUCUCUUCUUGCUUUUGUAUUGUUUUAUAGCUAUGCAGCAUCUCAAAAAAGACUCAUGGUUUCCAUUUGUUAGACACAUCUGUUUAGAGUGCAAUUAAAGUGCAAUUUUGAUGUAAUCUAAACUAGGUCACUGCUGGAUUCAUUACCUUUUAUCUUCAACAUGUUUAAUGCUCCACAGAGAUCAAUCAUAAAAAUAAAAUGUAAUAUUCAAA